UUCGACUCGGAAGCGCUCUUCCCGCACUGAUUGCCGGCGUGACUUUGAACGGUUCGAGGGGUGGGUCGGGUUGCUGAGCAGAACCACAGCUACCGGACCUUUACGCCCGUUCUGCGCUUGCCAUGAGGCUGCUGGGAGCAGCCGCCGCCGCAGCUUUGGGGCGCGGGCCGCUCCCGCGGGUCCCCGCCACCCUGGGCUGGCAGGGGAAGCAGGUUAAUUGGAAAGUUCACCGAUGGUGUUCAUCAGGAGUGAUUCCGAAUGAAAAGAUACGAAAUAUUGGAAUCUCAGCUCACAUUGAUUCUGGGAAAACCACAUUAACAGAACGAGUGCUUUACUACACUGGCAGAAUUGCAAAGAUGCAUGAGGUGAAAGGUAAAGAUGGAGUUGGCGCUGUCAUGGAUUCCAUGGAACUAGAGAGACAAAGAGGAAUCACUAUUCAGUCAGCAGCCACCUACACCAUGUGGAAAGAUGUCAAUAUCAACAUUAUAGAUACUCCUGGACAUGUGGACUUCACAAUAGAAGUGGAAAGGGCCCUGAGAGUGUUGGAUGGUGCAGUCCUUGUUCUGUGUGCUGUUGGAGGGGUGCAGUGCCAGACCAUGACUGUUAAUCGUCAGAUGAAGCGCUACAACGUUCCUUUUCUAACUUUCAUUAACAAAUUGGACCGAAUGGGCUCCAGUCCCGCCAGGGCCCUGCAGCAAAUGAGGUCUAAACUGAGUCAUAAUGCAGCAUUUAUGCAGAUACCCAUUGGUUUGGAGGGUGAUUUUAGAGGUAUAAUAGAUCUUAUUGAGGAACGAGCCAUCUAUUUUGAUGGAGACUUUGGUCAGGUUGUUCGAUAUGGGGAAAUUCCAGCAGAAUUCAGGGCAGCGGCAGCUGACCACCGGCAAGAGCUGAUUGAAUGUGUUGCCAAUUCAGAUGAGCAGCUUGGUGAGAUGUUCCUGGAGGAAAAAAUCCCCUCAGUUUCCGAUUUAAAGUGUGCAAUCCGAAGAGCUACUCUAAAUAGGUCAUUUACUCCUGUCCUUUUGGGAAGUGCGUUGAAGAACAAAGGAGUUCAGCCUCUUUUAGAUGCUGUUUUAGAAUACCUCCCAAAUCCAUCUGAAGUCCAAAAUUAUGCUAUUCUCAAUCAGGAGGAUGACUCAAAAGAGAAAAACAAAAUCUUAAUGAACUCCGAGAGAAGCAGUUCCCACCCAUUUGUAGGCCUGGCUUUUAAACUGGAGGCUGGGCGAUUUGGACAGUUAACUUAUGUCCGCAAUUAUCAAGGAGAGCUGAAGAAGGGUGACACCAUCUAUAACACGAGGACAGGAAAGAAAGUGCGGGUGCAGCGGCUGGUUCGCCUGCAUGCCGACAUGAUGGAGGAUGUUGAGGAAGUGUACGCUGGAGACAUCUGUGCAUUGUUUGGCAUUGACUGUGCUAGUGGAGACACAUUCACAAACAAAAAUAGUAGUGGCCUUUCUAUGGAGUCAAUUCAUGUUCCUGAUCCUGUCAUUUCAAUAGCAAUGAAGCCUUCUAACAAGAAUGAUCUGGAAAAAUUUUCAAAAGGUAUUGGCAGGUUUACAAGAGAAGAUCCCACAUUUAAAGUCCACUUCGACACUGAGAGCAAGGAGACAAUUGUAUCUGGAAUGGGAGAAUUACACCUAGAAAUCUAUGCUCAGAGGAUGGAAAGAGAAUAUGGUUGUCCUUGUGUCACAGGAAAGCCAAAAGUUGCUUUCAGAGAGACCAUUACUGCCCCCGUCCCGUUUGAAUUUACACAUAAAAAACAGUCAGGUGGUGCAGGCCAAUUUGGAAAAGUGAUCGGUGUACUGGAGCCUCUGGACCCAGAGAACUACACUAAGUUGGAGUUUUUAGAUGAAACAUUCGGGGCUAAUAUUCCAAAGCAGUUUGUGCCUGCAGUAGAAAAGGGGUUUUUGGAUGCCUGUGAGAAAGGCCCUCUUUCUGGUCACAAGCUCUCUGGGCUCCGGUUUGUCCUGCAAGAUGGGGCGCACCACAUGGUGGAUUCCAAUGAAAUCUCUUUCAUCCGCGCAGGAGAAGGUGCUCUUAAACAAGCUUUGGCAAAUGCAACAUUAUGUAUUCUUGAACCUAUUAUGUCUGUGGAAGUUAUAGCCCCAAAUGAAUUUCAUGGACCUGUGAUUGCGGGAAUUAACCGGCGCCAUGGGGUAAUCACAGGACAAGAUGGGAUUGAGGACUAUUUUACACUGUAUGCAGAUGUCCCUCUAAACGGUAUGUUUGGUUAUUCCACUGAACUUAGGUCAUGCACAGAGGGAAAGGGAGAAUACACAAUGGAGUACUGCAGAUAUCAGCCUUGUUCACCGUCCACACAAGAAGACCUCAUCAAUAAGUACUUAGAAGCUACAGGUCAACUUCCUAUAAAAAAGGGAAAAGCCAAGAACUAACUUUCCUCACUUUAAGUUGACUAGCUGUAACUGAAUCUGCGAGAUUUAUAUACUUUAAUGGAUUCUGGUGGAAUGAAUUCAGGCUGAAACAAAUUUUAGAAGCCCUUCCUAUUCUAUUCAGGAGCUUCUGUCAUAUUCAAAGAUAAUUCUAUGUGUAUCCCAACUCUGUGGAUUGGUUUUACAGUUCAUUGAAAAACAUCAAAUAAAAUAUGACUAUUACUGAAA